UGGGCGAGAGGCAGACACAGAGAGGGGAGCCGAGACCCUCGGAACGCCCCACGCAGAGCCCCCCCGCCAGCCAGGAGAGGGGUGCGCGGACCCCCCAGAGCUGUCCCCGCCUCCCUCCCAUUCCGGGCUCCGAGAGCGCAGCCGGAAAGCCUUAGCCUGCUAGCCCAGCGUGGCCCCCAACCCGCGUACGCCCCCCUCCCUGGGUCCGAGGGCGACUUGCGAAGCACCUCGGCGCGGAGGCAGGGAACCCUAGCCUUGGAGCGACCCAACCCCUCGUCUUGCUGCCCGCCCGCGCCUGGAACUGUGCGCGGAGAUCCCUGCGAACUCAGAGACCUAACAGCGGAGGACAGAAGCGUCAGGCGGCGGACGUGGCCGCGAAGCGGCGCGCCGGGGUGCAGUGCACCCGCCACGGAACAGGGGAGUCGCGCCUUCCACCAACCCUCGGUUUCAACCCCGGGCGCCCGCCGCCUCCUCAGCCCCGCUGAGCUCCCGGCUCUGGGACCGGCACCGGUGAUGCCGAGCGGAGCCUCCAGUCCUCCGACCCGCUGAAGAAGAAGUAGCCGCUUGUUCGGGCCGACGGGGACUGUGCGAGCGGAUCCUGCUUGGCUGAGGCUCGGGCUGCGGAGCGCGGGGACUCCGGGGGGAGGGGGGAGGGACCGCUCGGUCUUUGCCCCGGCGCCAGCCACGGCUUUGAAGGGUCUCCCUGCUUGGCCCCUUAGCAGCUCCGCCACGGACUCCGGGAGGCUUCAGGCAGCGUCCAGGGACUCCCCACCCAAACCGAUCGGACUUAAGAAGGUGAUUGCUCUGCUUUCCCUCCCUCCUUCCCGCCUCCUUCCCCCCACUUAACUUUUUGUCUUCAGUCACCCGCAGCUCCGUUCCCUCCCCGCAAACCCACCCGCGGCUGUGCUAACGUCCCGGGGCAUGGGCCCCCCAACACGGCUCCUGGAGGCCCCGCGGCGCCGCAAGAUAUGAGAGGCCCGCGUCGGGCAGAGCUAGAGCUUCGGGAGAGGAGCUGAUAACCUCCAGCCUUCACAAGCCAGGCGAGGUGGCGGUGCGCGCUGCGCCCCCGCGCUGCUGAGCGUCCCGGAGCGCCCAACCCAGGGCCGGAACGAGUAGCUGGCCGGAGGCGCGCCGCGGAGAGCAGGCUGUCAUGCCCUAUUGAUCUCCCCGCCCCCCGCCAAGUAUGUUUGGGCUGGACCAAUUCGAGCCCCAGAUCAACAGCAGGAACGCUGGCCAGGGCGAGAGGAACUUUAACGAGGCCGGACUAAGCAUGAACGCUCACUUCAAGGCCCCGGCUUUCCACGCGGGGGGACCCCCUGGCACCGUGGACCCUGCCAUGAGCGGGCUGGGCGAACCCCCGAUCUUGGGCAUGAACAUGGAGCCUUAUGGCUUUCACGCGCGCGGCCACUCGGAGUUGCACGCGGGGGGGCUGCAGGCGCAGCCGGUGCACGGAUUCUUUGGAGGCCAACAGCCGCACCACGGCCACCCGGGAGGCCACCACCCCCACCAGCAUCACCCCCACUUCGGGGGCAACUUCGGCGGGUCGGAUCCUGGGGCCUCGUGCCUGCACGGGGGUCGUCUGCUUGGCUACGGCGGCGCGGCCGGCGGCCUGGGCAGCCAGCCGCCCUUCGCCGAGGGUUAUGAUCACCUGGCGGAGAGCCAGGGGCCGGAGAGCUUCGGCCCGCAGCGACCUGGGAACCUCCCGGACUUCCACAGUUCGGGCGCCUCAGGCCACGCCGUGCCUGCCCCAUGCUUGCCGCUUGACCAGAGCCCUAACCGAGCCGCCUCCUUCCAUGGCCUGCCCGCCUCCAGUGGCUCCGAUUCCCACAGUCUGGAGCCCCGGAGGGUGGCGAACCAAGGAGCCGUCGACUCGCUGGAAUACAAUUAUCCGGGCGAGCCGCCCUCGGGACAUUUCGACAUGUUUUCCCCCUCUGAUUCUGAGGGGCAGCUGCCUCAUUAUGCAGCGGGUCGUCAGGUUCCCGGGGGCUCUUUCCCGGGUGCCUCGGCCAUGCCUAGAGCUGCAGGCAUGGUGGGCUUGUCCAAAAUGCACGCCCAGCAGCAGCAACAGCAGCAGCAGCAGCACGGAGUGUUCUUCGAGAGGUUCGGCGGGACCCGCAAGAUGCCCGUGGGUCUGGAGCCUGCAGUAGGCUCCAGGCACCCGUUAAUGCAGCCUCCCCAGCAGGCCCCGCCGCCGCCGCCGCAGCAGCCCCCGCAGCAGCCGCCGCCGCCGCCUCCGCAGCAGCAACAGCCGCCGCCGCCGCCGCCACCGCCGCCGCCUGGGCUUCUGGUCCGGCAGAAUUCGUGUCCGCCUGCGCUCCCGCGUCCCCAGCAGGGCGAGGCGGGCACGCCCAGCGGCGGCCUGCAGGACGGGGGCCCCAUGCUGCCCAGCCAACACGCGCAGUUCGAGUACCCCAUCCACCGGCUGGAGAACCGGAGCAUGCACCCUUAUUCUGAGCCUGUAUUCAACAUGCAGCACCCUCCUCCGCAGCAGACGCCCAACCAGCGGCUGCAGCAUUUCGACGCACCCCCCUACAUGAAUGUGGCCAAGAGGCCGCGCUUUGACUUCCCGGUCAGCGCGGGAGUGGAUCGCUGCGCUUCGUGGAACGGCAGCAUGCACAACGGCGCUCUGGACAACCACCUCUCGCCCUCUGCCUAUUCCGGCCUACCCGGCGAGUUCACGCCGCCUGUGCCCGACAGCUUCCCCUCGGGGCCACCCCUGCAGCAUCCGGCCCCGGACCACCAGUCCCUGCAGCAGCAGCAGCAGCAACAGCAACAGCAGCAGCAGCAGCAGCAGCAGCAGCAGCGCCAAAACGCGGCCCUCAUGAUCAAGCAGAUGGCGUCGCGGAAUCAGCAGCAGCGGCUGCGCCAGCCCAACCUGGCCCAGCUAGGCCACCCCGGGGACGUGGGACAGGGCGGCCUGGUGCACAGCGGCCCAGUGGCCGGCUUGACCCAGCCGAACUUUGAGCGCGAAAGCAGCGGCGCAGGCGCCGGGCGCCUGGGCACGUUCGAGCAGCAGGCUCAGCACUUGGCGCAGGAGAGCGCGUGGUUCCCAGGUCCGCACCCGCCGCCGGGUGACUUGCUGCCCCGCAGGAUGGGAGCUUCAGGCCUGCCCGCUGACUGCGGCCCGCACGACCCCGGACUGGCGCCGCCCCCUCCGCCCGGUGGCUCGGGGGUGCUGUUCCGGGGGUCUCUGCAGGAGCCGCUGAGGAUGCCCGGAGAGGGCCACGUGCCCGCGCUACCCUCCCCUGGCCUGCAGUUCGGGGGCAGCCUGGCCAGCCUGGGGCAGCUGCAGUCGCCCGGGGCUGGGGUGGGGCUGCCCAGCGCUCCCUCCGAGCGCCGGCCCCAGCCGCCCGAUUUCACAGCGCCCGCGCUCGGGGGCCAGCCUGGCUUCCCGUUCGGCGCAGCGAACCGGCAGGCCACGCCGCACAGCGGCCCAGGCGUGAACUCGCCCCCGAGCGCGGGCGGGGGCGGCGGCAGCACGGGCGGCGGCGGCGGCGGGGGCGCAUACCCUCCGCAGCCUGAUUUCCAGCCCAGCCAGCGCACCUCGGCCAGUAAGCUGGGCGCGCUCUCGCUAGGCUCCUUCAACAAGCCCAGCUCCAAGGACAACCUGUUUGGCCAGAGUUGCCUGGCUGCACUCUCCACCGCCUGCCAGAACAUGAUCGCCAGCCUCGGGGCCCCCAACCUCAACGUUACCUUCAACAAGAAGAACCCGCCCGAGGGCAAGAGGAAACUGAGCCAGAACGAGACCGACGGCGUGGCCAUGGCCAGCAACCCGGGCUCGGAUUACUUCCCAGGAGGGACUGCUCCUGGGGCCCCAGGGCCCGGAGGCCAGUCGGGGACCAGUAGUAGCGGCUCCAAAGCCUCUGGGCCGCCCAAUCCGCCCGCCCAGGGAGAUGGCACCAGCCUCUCCCCCAACUACACCCUGGAAUCAACGUCGGGGAACGAUGGCAAGCCGGUUCCCGGGGGCGGCGGCCGGGGACGGGGUCGCAGAAAAAGGGACAGUGGUCACGUGAGCCCCGGGACCUUCUUCGACAAGUACUCGGCAGCGCCGGACAGCGGGGGCGCGCCUGGGGUGAGCCCAGGGCAACAGCAGGCGCCAGGCGCAGCCGUCGGGGGAAGCUCCACAGGCGAGGCGCGCGGGGCGCCUACGCCUCAUGAAAAGGCCCUCACGUCUCCUUCGUGGGGGAAGGGGGCCGAGUUGCUCCUGGGGGACCAACCGGACCUCAUGGCGUCCCUGGACGGUGGGGCAAAGUCGGACGGUAGUUCCCCGCACGCGGGUGAGUUCGCCUCGGACGAGGUGAGCACGAGCUACGCCAACGAGGACGAGGUGUCAUCCAGCUCCGACAACCCCCCAGCCCUGGCCAAAGCGAGUAGGAGCCCUCUGGUGACAGGCUCGCCCAAACUCCCUCCCCGCGGGUUGGGCGCCGGGGAACAUGGACCGAAGGCGCCCCCAGCCCCUCUUGGCCUGGGCAUCUUGUCUACCUCUACCUCCACCCCCGACAGCUACGGCGGCGGGGGCACGGGCCAUCCCGGCACGCCAGGCCUGGAGCAGGUCCGGACCCCAACGAGCAGCAGCGGUGCACCGCCGCCUGACGAGAUCCACCCCCUGGAGAUCCUCCAGGCACAGAUCCAGCUGCAGAGGCAGCAGUUCAGCAUCUCUGAGGACCAGCCCCUGGGGCUCAAGGGUGGCAAGAAGGGUGAGUGUGCUGUGGGGGCUUCUGGUGCGCAGAAUGGUGACAGCGAGCUGGGCAGCUGCUGCUCCGAGGCCGUCAAAAGCGCCAUGAGCACCAUCGAUCUGGACUCGCUGAUGGCAGAGCACAGCGCCACCUGGUACCUGCCGGCCGACAAGGCUUUGGUGGACGGCGCAGAUGAGGACAAGACGCUGGCACCCUGGGAGAAGGCCAAACCCCAGAACCCCAACAGCAAAGAAGAUGCUACUCGUUCCCCCAAUCUAGACCUCGCAAUGUUCAGAACAAAAUUCCUUUUGCAGCCCACGACCUCCCUCCGAACAAGGCCUCGGCAACCCAGCCCGGCAGCCACUUGCAGUGCCUGUCUGUCCACUGCACAGACGACGUGGGCGAUGCCAAGGCCCGAGCCUCCGUGCCCACCUGGCGGUCCCUGCACUCCGACAUUUCCAACAGAUUCGGGACAUUCGUGGCCGCCCUAACUUGAAUUGACAAGAAAUACUCCCUCCCCAACCAGGCCCUUCCCUCCUCCUUUUCUCUCCUCUCCCCCCUCCACCUGACCCCACCCUUACCUGCUCUGUUAAUUUGAAAGGGCCACUAUUGCUGAGUGGAUGAUUUUUUUUUUCUAGGUUGGUACCUGCUUAGUGGCAUAUGGACCGGAAAGGGUUAAUUUAAAGGGAAAAAAAAAAAAAACCUCAAAAAAUUUUUUUAAAAAAGAAAUUUGUCUGCCACGGUAUGUUACCAGUGUUAACCCUUCUGCAGUUAGCAAACUUUUGCUGAAGACUUUUUCCUGCUAGAUAAUUCCCAUUUUUCUGUAAUCUUGGCAUACGUUUUUUAGAUGACCUCUUUCCUUGUUUUAUUUUCGUGCUGCUGUAUGUCCAAGUAUUGUUAUUUCAUAAUAAGACAAGAGUUGCUUUCCUUUUUUAUUCUCUUUUAGUCUUGUUCCUCCCCACCUCCCUCCCCACUGCCUGUUUUUUUUUUUUUUUUUUUUUUCCUUUUUGCUUUGUUCACUGCUUAUUAAAAUGGAAAUCCUGGAGAAUAGUAGUUCUGGAAUAUUGCCGGGUGAGAGUCAAAUUGUCAUCACAAUAUUAUAUAUUGACACCCAACUGUCAUCAGUCAGGCUGGAGCCAAACAAUUAAUGCCCCCCUUAGGUAUUCCGCCUGGGAUUUUGUUUUGUCUAUUCCCUAAGAAAAUAGAGAUAUAUAUUUUCGUUCCCACAAACACACCCUCAGCCUUCAGCUCCGUUCUCUCUUCUGCUGGAAGCUGCCUUUCACUGCCAUGGAGGUGAUGACGUAUCCAGUCCGCUCUGUGGGAAGGAGUCGGAAUGUUCAACAGUGGUGUUUUCUCUCCUUUUCUGGGCCUCUGCACGAACGCCCAGGCUCUGAAUUUUCACGCUGUGCCGAGCAGCCCUUGUCCACGUGGGGAUGGUGCCUGUCCAGCUUGCAGAGCCUCUAGAGGCUGCAGGCUCCCGGCUCUGCUACGGCCAGGUCAGCUGGGUCUUGGGUGCUGGAGUUGAAGGAUCAAUUCUUAGCCCUGACCUUUCCUGACAUCUCUUCCCAGCCAGGCAUUGGGGGACGAAGGAACAAGACUGGGUUAUAUCUCCCACUUCUCCCGUUCCGUCUCCAACCUGGGCAGCCCCCCAUCGCUGGGAAGGACCAGGCUUUCGCCGGCACUUUUCGAGGGGCUUGUUGAGUGAAGGAGCUUCCAGGCUCUGCCUACCAAGCCCCCCUCCUCCAAGCCUGUGUGUAUUCUCUGAAGGGGUUUGCAGACUCCUGAGGGCUAGAGGAGGGAGAAAGGGACCUGGAACAAGUGACUUUGAUUCUUGGGCCUUUUUUCAAACCCAGGAAUCCUCCCUCCCCCUUUUGAUUUAAUCUCAGCCUGUUGCAAAAGCAGAGCCACGUCCCGUACAUCUCCUGAAGGAAUAACUUCUUUGAGGAGAGGUGAGGGAGCGGCUGGGCGAGCAGGGCAGCAGAGAGCAGGGCUCCUGGACCCAGCUGAGGCCUGUCACCUGGUCCUCCCAGGGCGGUGGUCAGUGGAGGCCCAGUGUCGGAGGGGUGGGCACCUUUGGGUGCUGUUGAUGACUCCCAAGGGCUUGUGUGACUCAUGGGGGUGGUGGGAGGCACCCAGAUUCCACGGUGGGCCAGACAAGAAGUGACUGAUAUCACUUCACCCAAAUCAGUAACUCUUGUAGUCGAUUUCAGUUUCUGUGAACAAGCAUCUUGCUAAAUGUGCCAUUUUGAGCCUUGCGCCCCCUCCAUCCUCACCCCCGUCCCAUGUCCCCAGAGUUUGCAGACCCGGCUUAUUUUAGCAAGUGACCUGAAGGCUUUGGGCUCACUGUACAGCACCCACGUUGUUUAUUUCAAAGAACUUUUCAGCAAAGGGAGAAGAGCGUACAGAAAAAAAUCUGUCUCUUUCCAUUCCCCCCUCCUGUCUUUCCUUGGGCCGUAUUUUUUGGCUCGGGCCUGAGUCUGGACGGUCCGAGGUUCUUGCACGGGCAGUCUGACCAGGGUUGACCCCGGCCCCCGCGGAAGGCAGGGAGAAGCAGGUGGUGUGAACUGAUCAGUGAGAAGCAAGUGGGAGCUGACUCAGCCCUGGGUUCUGCCACCAAAGGAGAGGAAAGGGGAGGAAAAGCCCCCCGCGCCCCCCGCCACGGGCUGCAGGAGAGCCAGCCAUAGUCUGAGCGAAACUCCAUGCCCACUCUGAUUCCACAACGUACAGCUGUUUGAGAGCGUCAUCCUUUUAUUUCUUAAACAGGCAUGAUUUCUCCUUAAUUGCUUAAGGCCGGGGAGCCAAGUGUCUUGACUUCUGUCUUUGACUUGCCCUGUGUUGAGUCCAUCAGCACAUGGCCAUCAUCUCAUGGUCCUAGCAACCUCGGAAACCCCUGAAGUUUUCAACUUUCUCGCUCCCCACGACCCCAGAAUUGAACAGCUUUAAAAAUAGCCUUAAGCAAAAGGAUGUUAUUUCAUUAAAUUUGGUUUGAUGGAAAGAAUAAAAGCAGAUUAAAAACACACCCAACCCACGAGACUCCACAAACACUGGUAAUCGGUACUGCAUAGCAAAACUCUUUGGGAAAGAAUAUGAAAACGUUAUUGCACAUGUAAAAUAUGAAAACUUAACUCUGCUGUGUGUUAGGCAAUCCUGUAAUCUUUUUGACUCUUAAAAGAAAUUCAUUUCUGAAAUGCUUGGUUGGAAGACUGUGACAAUAGCUCAUGAAAUUGAGUGUUAUUUUUUUCUUUCUUUUUUAAAAAAAUAUGUAAAGUGCAGUCUUCUGUAUUCAUGCAUAUUGUAUAUACCUGUAUAUGUUUUCCUGAGCAGCUAAAUAACAAUAAAUAUGACGUUAAUGGUGA